AUGCACGCUGAACUCCCCGUUGCGUCCUUUAUCUCUGCGGCCUUGGUCUUGGUCCCGAUCCCUUGGCACUGGAAAGCGCGGAACGUCCCAACGCUUUCCUUGUGCAUUUGGCUUUUCGUUUUGAAUGUUAUCAAUGGCGUUGGCUCGAUAGUGUGGGCUGGUAAUACAAGACUUGUUGUGCCCGCGUGGUGUGAUAUUGCCACGAAGCUCAUGAUCGGAGGGAACUUGGCAAUACCCACUUCUCUGAUCGCCCUCUGUGUUCAGCUCGAGAGACUGGCCUCUGCUCGUGAUGGAAGGCUUGGUGUGCUAGGUCGUGCUCACCGACGACAACUACUCGACUAUGGCUUAUGUUUGUUCCUCCCGAUCAUGUACAUGGUACUUCACUCCAUUGUACAGGGUCACCGGUUCGAGAUCUUUGAAGACUUCGGAUGCUACCCACAUGUACACGUCUCGAUCCCGGCCAUCUUCAUCCUCUGGCUUCCUCCGUUGGUAUGCUUGGCCGGUUCAGUUGUUCUACUAGGGUGUACGUUUAGACACUUCGUCAUGCACCGCAUCAUCUUCGCGGGACACCUAGCCGAAUCCAACACGCUCUUUACCCAAUCACGGUUCUUCCGAUCGCUGUCCAUGGCCGUUGUGCAGACCGUCGUUGCGUGCGGGUUCACGGCCUUCUCCAUCUGGUUCUCAGCGAGGGAUGGAUUGAAGCCAUGGAGCAGCUGGGCUGAAGUCCACGCGGAGUUUGGUAUCAUUGGCCUCUUCUCCCGAGAGUAUUUGCGCCCUGGAGAGUUUCCCAUGCGUUACAUCCUGUGGUGGGCAGUCCCAGUCUCAUCGAUGCUCUUCUCCGUGUUCUUUGUUUUCGGCGAGGACGCGCUGGAAGACUAUCGUGCAUGGCUAUCGAUACUGCCGUGGUGUCGCCCUCUCCCUCGCUCCGAGCGGAAGUCCCUUCGACCUCUCAAACUGUCCUCUCGAAGUAAACGGCAAGAAUCUGCUUCGAAUCCAAACCUCAUAUUCGCGCAGCCAUUGGAGGUCCAGGUCUCUGUUGUGCGGCAUUGCGACCAGUCACCAUCCUAUUCCGUUCCUUGUCCAACCUACUACUACAUGGACUCUUCGAGCGAUGAGCCGGGUAGAUCCCGGGUAUCGCUACCAACCUGUUACUCGGCUUCCUCUACAUACCUCCCUUCUACGUUAGGUCACUGA